UCCAUUUAGUGACGCUUACAAAAAUAUAUCAGUGAUGAAUUUGUUCUAAUCAGUACUCAAAUAAAUAAUACGGGAGAAUUAGGUGCAAAUCGGCUAGCUGGUUUGACAAAGAAGACAACGUACUGUAUAACAUUUCAAGAAUACAAAAUUAUCAACCUGCCUCGGUAGCAUUGUUAAUACUCUCCAAGUGAUUGACAGUAGAAACAGCUGAUCAAACGAUACCCAAAAAACUGAAACUUUUAGAUAAUGGAAGGAACUGCAGUUAAAGUAAUAAUAAAAGCACCGAAUCAGCAGAUUAAAGAUCAAAUCAUAAAUUGUGAUAUUGGGUGGACGGUUGGCCAAUUAAAAGAACACUUGUCCGAAGUUUAUCCUAGUAAACCAGAGCGGGCAAGUCAAAAACUUAUAUAUUCUGGACAAUUACUAAAAGAUACAAUAUGUUUGAAAGAUGUUUUAAGGCAAUGUGAUGGACAAGCAGACCAAGCUUAUACUGUUCAUUUAGUUUGUGCAUCACAAAAAACAUCUGCAAAUAAAAUGACUAAUGAACAAGUUGUAGAAAACACAAGUACAAUUCCUACUGCAAGAAGUACAAUAGAACAUAUGAGAUUAAAUAAUACAAAUAAUGUACAAAAUCAAAGUCAGAACAUAAAUAAUGUUACCAUGCAACAUACUCCUGCACAAUUAUAUUCUACACAACAAUAUUUUGAUCCACGAAAUAGUCAACAAAUGGCUUGGAUGCAACAAGCAUAUAGCCAUUAUUUUACACAGUAUAUGCAACUAAUGGCAGCACAAGGAAUACAAUUACAAACUAGCAUUCCAUAUAUUCAACAAAUGAAUGGCAAUACAAAUGAUAGUGUGCAAAAUCCAUAUACAAAUAACACAAAUAAUAAUAACAAUGUUGGUGAUGAACAACAACAACCUGCUGCCCCAGAAGCUGAGGUUAAUGGAGGAAAUAAUGGUGCUGGAGAAGAUGGUGCAUUUAACAGAGAUUGGCUAGAUUUUUUGUAUAUGAUAUCAAGAAUUAUUGUUCUCUUCAGUAUAGUAUAUUUUAAUUCGUCUCCUCUAAGAUUUCUUAUUACUACAUUUCUCGCCUUUGCAAUGUAUCUGUAUCAAGGUGGUUUCUUCCGGGUACAACCUCUCUUAGGUGAAAAUAAUAAUGGUAGAGUAGAUCGGGUAGAUAACAAUAACCAAAUGUUACAAAAUGAAGCAGGGGGUCCUCAGCCUGCACCACAGCAACAAAAUGAUCAGGUGCCAACUAUGCAAGCAGAAGCAAGAACAAAUGCAAAUGAAGAACAUGAAGAGGAAAGACCUGGUGCACUUGCCUUUACUUGGACAUUUUUCAGUACAUUUUUUUCUUCUCUUAUUCCAGACCAACCAAAUGUUAUUUAAUUU